GGCCGCUCCGACGCCCGCCGCCGCCGCCGCCGCCGCCGCGCUCCCUUCCCGCGUGCCCAUCGCCCAGCCCCGGGGGAACCCGAGCGAGAGCCCCGCGCUCCGCGCCGCUCGCCUCGGAGCCGCGGGCCCCGCCGCUGCCACCCUCCCGCCCGCCCGCCCGCCCGCCCGCCGCCAUGCCCUCGGCUAAACAAAGGGGCUCCAAGGGCGGCCACGGCGCCGCGAGCCCCUCGGAGAAGGGCGCCCACCCGUCGGGCGGCGCGGAUGACGUGGCCAGGAAGCCGCCGCCCGCGCCGCAGCAGCAGCAGCCGCCGCCGCCCGCGCCGCACCCGCAGCAGCACCCGCAGACCCCGGCGCACGGCCGGGGCGGCCACCGCGGGGGCGCCCGGUCCUCCGCCGCCGCCGCCUCUGCCGCCGCCGCCGCCGCCGGCCCGCGCCGCCUCGGCCGCGCGCUCCACCUCCUCUUCUACCUCGCCCUGGUGGCCGCCGCCGCCUUCUCGGGCUGGUGCGUCCACCACGUCCUGGACGAGGUCCAGCAAGUCCGGCGCAGCCACCAGGACUUCUCCCGGCAGCGGGAGGAGCUGGGCCAGGGCUUGCAGGGCGUCGAGCAGAAGGUGCAGUCCCUGCAAGCCACGUUUGGGACCUUCGAGUCCAUCCUGCGAAGCUCCCAGCAUAAGCAGGACCUCACAGAGAAGGUGGUGAAGCAGGGUGAGAGUGAGAUCAACCGCAUCAGUGAAGUCCUGCAGAAGCUGCAGAACGAGAUCCUCAAAGACCUCUCGGACGGCAUCCAUGUGGUGAAGGACGCCCGCGAACGGGACUUCACGUCCCUGGAGAACACGGUGGAGGAGCGGCUGACGGAGCUCACCAAGUCCAUCAACGACAACAUCGCCAUCUUCACCGAAGUCCAGAAGAGGAGCCAGAAGGAAAUUAAUGACGUCAAGGCAAAGGUCGCCUCUCUGGAAGAAUCCAAGGGGUACAAGCAGGACCUGAAGGCCCUAAAGGAAGAGGUGACGGAGAUACAGAACUCUGUGAAGUCCAGGGACAGGGACAUGGAUGCCCUGAGGAGCUCGCUGCAGACCAUGGAGUCUGACAUCUACACCGAGGUGCGGGAGCUGGUGAGCCUCAAGCAGGAGCAGCAGGCGUUCAAGGAGGUGGCGGACUCGGAGCGCGCCGCCCUGCAGGCCCUUUCCGAGAAACUCCUCCAGUCCGAGGAGUCCACGUCCCGCCUCCCCCAGGACAUCAGGAGGCUGGAGGAAGAGCUACGCCAGCUGAAGGCCGAGGCCCGGAGGCCCCAGGAAGACGGCGACUUCCCCAGCUUCGAUGCCUUCGAUGCACUCCAGAAGAAGAGUCAGGGGCUGGACUCCAGGCUCCAGAGCGUCGAGGAUGGAGUCCAUUCGGUGCAGGUGGCCUCCGCGCGCCAGACCGAGAGCCUCGAGUCGCUCCUGUCUAAGAGCCAGGAGCACGAACAGCGCCUGGGUGUGCUCCAGGGGCGCCUGGAAAGCCUGGGGUCCUCCCCGGAGGCGGACAAGGACGCCCUGGCCGGCGCGGUGAGGAGCCUCGGGGAGGCCCAGCUGGCCCUCUACAGCGACGUGGAGGACCUGAAGAGAAGCGUGGGGGAGCUGCCCAGCACCGUGGAGUCGCUGCAGAAGGUGCAGGAGCAGGUGCACACGCUGCUCAGCCAGGACCAGGCCCAGGCCUCCCGCCUGCCUCCUCAGGACUUCCUGGACAAGCUUGCCUCCCUAGACAGCCUGAAAUCCUCAGUGAGCCAAGUGGAGUCGGACUUGAAGAUGCUCAGGACUGCCGUGGACAGUUUGGUCGCUUACUCGGUCAAAAUUGAAACCAACGAGAACAAUCUAGAAUCAGCCAAGGGUUUGCUAGAUGACCUGAGGAAUGAUCUAGAUCGAUUGUUUGUAAAAGUGGAAAAGAUUCACGAGAAGAUCUAAAUGAACUGUAUGUGCAAGGUGCGCCCCCCAUUCCAAGUCCAGUUUCACAUGACAAAAAAAAAAAAAAAUGGUGGUUUCUUCCCACGUGCCCGUUCCCAUUUCUUGUCUCCCCUAGAGGAACAAAAGACGCCAUCUGAACACCAAGCCAUUGUACUCUGUGCUCAGUUAAUUUAUUUGUAAUUACCACACGCCGUUGAUUUCUUAAGGUCUCUGCUUCUGCUUUGUGGGGGGCUUCAAGGGCCCAGCCCCUCCUGUGUCAGAGGUGGCUUUUAGAAAGGAUGUGUGUCCUGUCAGAAAAAUGACAGCGGCUUCAACUGAGGAUUAACAGAAGCAGAUUAACCUGAAAAAAAAAAAUCCUGUUUGGCAGACUUGAUUGCAAGUUAAAAAAAAAAAUAGGGGGCGCUUUUUUUUUUUUCUAAUCGUCUUUAAGGAAAAUUGAUUUUACAUAUUUUUUUAUAUUCUUGGCUGAAGUUUUUAUGAGAUAUCUUUCACUCGUUGUCUUCCACUUAAAAUUGGUUCAAGUUUCUAGGUGUCAGCUCUGCAUGGGGAAGGGGAAAGUCCCCCCAUCCCCCCCCAGCUUAUUUGAAAAGAAUGAGCUACUUGGUGGUCACCCCCAAAGUGUGAAUCCCAUUCCUGAAUCAUCUCAUGAUUUCAGAGGUCACUACGUGAGAGUCCAGAUGGUUGUGAAUGGGAAAGUAAGGCACCCAGAGGCCCAGUGCCUUUGCUGUCCUUGUCCUAGGUGGCCAAUCUGGGUCAACUCUUAGGAAGGCUACCCAGUGAUACGUUAGGUUUAGCAUCCCAGAAAGAGACCCGUUGGGCUUUUGAGAAAUCGUCACGAGCUGUCCACACAAGAAUGGGGGCGGGGGGAAUUGUAGGCUGAAUCUUUAACUCCGUGUGGGUGAAGGGUCUGCUGUAGCCCCACCCAUCUGUCAGUGAGGAUGUGUGCCCUGCGUCUCUCUGAUUGAUUGCUGUAUCCCUUCCCUUUGAGCUGUAUUGUUCUUUCAUGGCCAUCUUGCCCUUCCAGGAAAAAAAGCAAAAGGAAAAAAAAAAAAGCCAAAAAGCAAAAGGAAAAAAAAAAAAAAAAGGUUUGUUUAGUUUACUGUGAAAUGAACGGUAUGGCUUAUUUACAGUAUUUUUAAUUCUUAAUAAACACUUGAGCUUUGUUACAA